CCUAUUUCAGCGCUUCUGUCGGUGACUCUGCACUGCGCAUGCGCAGUCCUCUGCCGUCGAUCCAGCGCUGGAGUCAGGAAGUGGUUUCACUUCGCGUUCGUUCACCUGCGGAUCGUUAAUGUGACGCACCUGGGCCACAGUCCCGUCAUGACGUCAGUGAGUGACCUGGAGCAGCUCGCGGACAUAGAACUGCAGAGGGAGGAAGACGAGGAGGAGGAGGAGGAAGAUGAGAAGUGUGUCACAGAUGCUCCGUCGUCCGUCCUGCCUGACUCCUCCCACCCUUAUUAUGACGUGGCUCGACACGGCGUCAUCCAGGUGUCUGGCGACGACCUCUACGGCCGGAAGCAGAUCGUGUUCAGCAGCUGCUGUUUGCCUCCGUCUCACCAGCUCAACCACCGGCGGCUGCUCGAGUUCCUGAAGUUCACUCUGGACCAGUACGUGGAGAUGGAUUAUAUCCUCGUCUACUUCCACCACGGACUGAGGAGCAGCAACAAGCCGUCGCUCGAGUGGCUGCGAGAGGCGUACGACGAGUUCGACAGGAAAUACAAGAAGAACCUGAAGACUCUUUACGUCGUUCAUCCGACGAACUUCAUCAGAAUCGUCUGGAACAUUUUCAAACCUCUGAUCAGCCACAAGUUCGGGAAGAAGUUGAAGUACGUGAACUUUCUGGAUGAGCUGCGAGAUCACGUGAACUACGAGCAGCUCGUCGUCCCCGCCGACGUGCUCAGACACGACGAGAAGCUGCGAGCGGCUCAGAGGGGCGGAGCCUCUCCCCUGGUGAAGACGCCCCCGCCCCGCCCCCCCCUGCCCUCGCAGCAGUUUGGCGUCAGUCUGCAGUACAUCAGGGAGAAGAGGCGGGAGGCGACGAUCCCUCUGGUGCUGCAGCAGACGGUGGACUACCUGAAGGUCAAAGGUCUGAGGACGGAGGGAAUCUUCAGACGCUCCGCUCGUGUUCAGAUCAUCAAGGACGUUCAGAAACUCUACAACCUCGGGAAGCCUGUAAACUUUGACGAGUUCUCUGACGUCCACGUUCCGGCCGUGAUCCUGAAGACGUUCCUCAGAGACCUCCCUGAACCUCUGCUCACGUUCAGAGUCUACGGACAAGUCCAGGACGUCCUGAACGUGGAGAGCAGCCUCCGAGUGUCGAGGUGCAGACACAUCGUCGAGAGUCUCCCUGAACUGAACUUCAUCGUGCUCAAGUUCCUCAUUUUCCUCCACAUGGUGUCGCAGCAGAGCAUCAUCAACAAGAUGAGUCCGUCCAACUUGGCCUGUGUGUUCGGGGUCAACCUGGUCCGACCUCGUCACGGCUCCAUCUCGCUCUCCGACCUCACGCCCAUCAACGUGUUCACCGAACUGCUCGUCGAGCACUUCGCCGCCGUGUUCGGCUCCCGCUGCCCGCCGGGGCAGGUGACCCCCUGACCCUGGACAG